GGUAAAGCAAAAAGAAAGAACAUUUAUUCUAAAUUAUCAACUAUCAAUUCUUUAUGUUGUUUGUUGUAGUUUUGGUAUUAAAAGCAGGUUUUGGUUUAAAGGCGGGAGUUCAAAAAGCUCACAAAAAUGUAAAAUUCGCAAUUAGAUGUCGAAUAAAUAACAUUUGUUUUAUACAGUCUACAAAAUGAUUGAGCUUUUCGUUUUAGAAUGAAAAAAGCAACUAUGAAAACAAUGCCGUCGUUUUCGAAAUUGAGUAGAACUUUACACCAGACGAGCACUUUUCAGAUCAUACUAUGCAUUAUUUUAUUCCAUUCUUUUGCAUCUAUUUUAAUUAUUUAUAUACAUCUGUCGUGGUUCUUCUCAGAAGAAAAGAAACCAUGGAAAAAGCAAGAUGACACUGUAUCUAAAAAAGAUUUGAUUUUAUGGAACAUACAUUCCAGUCUUAAUCUGCUUUCUAGUAAAAUUAUAUCUAGUGAUGAGUUAUCUCUUACUGGCUGGUGGAUGGAUCAUGCUAGAUGGGAUACUGAUAUAAGAUGCUCAUACCAAAGAUGGAAGUUAUGCUCUAGAGGGUUUAGCAGCUCCUGUAAAGCUGAUGGCACUCGUGCAAUAUAUCAGUAUAUUGUGUUCAAUCAGCAUAUUGAAAUCAAUAAGCUUGAAUUUUCCAUCACUGCUACUGCUGAUCAGUUAGAGCCACAGGUUAUUGGAGCUUCUUUUGGUGCAUUAGCUUUAGUUAAAUUAAAGGAUGGUAGAAUGGAAAAUAUGCAAUUACAGUUUUCUUCAAAUAUUGAGCCUCUAACUUCUAAAACUACUAGUUUUUCGGCUGGCACAUCAUCAAUACACAGUGUUACAGUCAUGCUGAUGUGUUAUGGGUAUUCUGGGAGUAUUCAUUUCACUAAUCCUAUUCUUAUUCCUCGUGUUGCAUCAUAUAACUCAGCUACAAUAUUAUCAAAUCCUUGCUCAAUUAACUCUUCUCCUCCAAAACAUCCAUUAUCUAUUGGCAAACAAGAAGAUAUCUUCAUUCCUAAUGACGAAAGCAUUAAGGAUCAUUAUAAUUUAAUUACUCUUGUUACACAAGUCUCUAUGGAUAGAUUGUCUGCUUUGGAACGUAGUUUACAGUUAUGGAAUGGUCCAGUUUCUUUGGUUAUAUAUAUAAUGAGUAAACAUGCAGAUAAAUCGGAGUAUGAAUGGCAAAGGCUCUAUAUACAGAAAAAAUUGAAAAACAUUAAGCUGUCAACUUCUAGUCAUGUUUCUUUAGUGUUUGGAAACUCGGCCAAUGAUUAUCCUAUUAAUUCUCUUCGAAAUAUUGCAAUGAAGAAUGUUAAAAGCAAAUUUAUGUUUCUUUUGGAUGCAGAUUUUCAACCUUCGCCUGAUUUUCAACAAAAGUUCUCUGCUUCAAUCAAAAGCCAUAGCUUAAAUCUAAAAACAGCUUUUGUAGUACCUGCAUUUCAGUAUAUGGAGCUACCUCAGAGAGGAGACAAUGCUCCCCAAACCAAAGAAGAGCUUUUGCAGUUACUGCAUAGAGAAGAUCCUUUCAUAGCACCAUUUAGAAUUUCUGAAUCCAGUGAUUCCCAUAAAAACACAGAUUACUGGAAAUGGUACAGAGCAGAUAAAUUGUAUUCACUGAGUAUGUUUUGUGAUAAAUAUGAGCCUUAUGUCAUUUUACAGAAAACUGAUGCAAUUCCUUUUUAUGAUGAACGAUUUUCUGGCUAUGGAAUGAAUAAAGUAACACAUAUAACAGAACUUUAUGCUGCCAAUUACACAUUUGUUGUACUUCCGGAUGUUUGGGUUUUACAUUUACCUCAUAAAAUUUCAUCUUAUGCAGUUGGAUUUCUUCAGAACCCUCACCAACGUCUCCUAAACAGAGUUGAAAGAUUUGAAUUCAUUUCUAACAUUAUGAAACAAUACAAAACUGGAAACUGUAAAACACUAUAAGUGUACUUACACAUCAUAUAAUAAACUUUUGCAACUCUUGA